AUGAAUUCAAGACCACUGCUCUAUAAACUACUGCCAUACCUGAAGGGAUUCCUCACGUGCCUGAAGAAACCCUUGGAGUCACUUAGCAUCACUAACUGUAACCUCUCACAGUCAGGCUUGGAUUUCCUGCCCUAUUGCCUAAAUAUUUUUGAGCUCAAAUUGCUAACCCUUGCUAAUAUUAAUUUAUGUGAUUUACUCCUUGGACCUCUUGGGUUUUUCCUUGAGGAAGUUAGACAUACCCUGGAAUACCUGGAAUUACAGUCAUGUGGUAUACAGGACAAUCAUCAGUUCAAUACCCUGCUGCCUGCCCUAAGCCAAUGUUUCCACCUCAGAAUUGUCGAUUUCCACGAUAACGAGUUUUCUCUGCUUUUCCUGAAAGAACUUCUACACCACACAGCCCAGCUGAGCCAGCUGAAACAUGAGACAUACCCUGCCCCUCUGGAGUGCUAUGACAGGGGUGUAAUACUUUCACACAGAUUAGAAAAGUUUUGUCCUGAGCUCCUGGAUAUACUCAGGGCCAAAAGAAAGCCCAAGGAGGUUACCUUUGAAACAACCCAGUGCUCUUAA